AUGGGUCUUACCCACCCCUCAAACGUGGGUCUUACCCACCCCUCAAACAUGGGUAAUACCCACCCCUCAAACUUGGGUCUUACCCACCCCUCAAAAGGUUGGUCUUACUCACCCCUCAAACGUGGGUCUUACCCACCCCUCAAACGUGGGUCUUACCCACCCUUCAAACGUGGGUCUUACCCACCCCUCAAACGUGGGUCUUACUCACCCCUCAAACGUGGGUCUUACUCACCCCUCAAACGUGGGUCUUACCCACCCCUCAAACGUGGGUCUUACCCACCCCUCAAACGUGGGUCUUACCCACCCCUCAAACGUGGGUCUUACCCACCCCUCAAACGUGGGUCUUACUCACCCCUCAAACGUGGGUCUUACCCACCCCUCAAACGUGGGUCUUACCCACCCCUCAAACGUGGGUCUUACCCACCCCUCAAACGUGGGUCUUACCCACCCCUCAAACGUGGGUCUUACCCACCCCUCAAACGUGGGUCUUACCCACCCCUCAAACGUUGGUCUUACUCACCCCUCAAACGUGGGUCUUACCCACCCCUCAAACGUGGGUCUUACCCACCCCUCAAACGUGGGUCUUACUCACCCCUCAAACGUGGGUCUUACCCACCCCUCAAACGUGGGUCUUACUCACCCCUCAAACGUGGGUCUUACUCACCCCUCAAACGUGGGUCUUACUCACCCCUCAAACGUGGGUCUUACCCACCCCUCAAACGUGGGUCUUACUCACCCCUCAAACGUGGGUCUUACCCACCCCUCAAACGUGGGUCUUACCCACCCCUCAAACGUGGGUCUUACUCACCCCUCAAACGUGGGUCUUACUCACCCCUCAAACGUGGGUCUUACCCACCCCUCAAACGUGGGUCUUACCCACCCCUCAAACGUGGGUCUUACUCACCCCUCAAACGUGGGUCUUACCCACCCCUCAAACGUGGGUCUUACUCACCCCUCAAACGUGGGUCUUACCCACCCCUCAAACGUGGGUCUUACUCACCCCUCAAACGUGGGUCUUACCCACCCCUCAAACGUGGGUCUUACUCACCCCUUAAACGUGGGUCUUACUCACCCCUCAAACGUGGGUCUUACUCACCCCUCAAACGUGGGUCUUACUCACCCCUCAAACGUGGGUCUUACUCACCCCUCAAACGUGGGUCUUACCCACCCCUCAAACGUGGGUCUUACUCACCCCUCAAACGUUGGUCUUACUCACCCCUCAAACGUGGGUCUUACUCACCCCUCAAACGUGGGUCUUACUCACCCCUCAAACGUGGGUCUUACCCACCCCUCAAACGUGGGUCUUACUCACCCCUCAAACGUGGGUCUUACUCACCCCUCAAACGUGGGUCUUACCCACCCCUCAAACGUGGGUCUUACCCACCCCUCAAAAGUGGGUCUUACCCACCCCUCAAACGUGGGUCUUACCCACCCCUCAAAAGUGGGUCUUACUCACCCCUCAAACGUGGGUCUUACCCACCCCUCAAAACCUUACCAGAGCUCCCCAGCAAAGAAAGCUGCAAGAAAUCACCCCAGCCCUACCAGCGCUCUCCAGCAAAGCUCACCAACACCGGGACGAUCGACUUACGUAACAUUGUCUUUUAG